AUGUGUAAGGCCGUGUGCUUCCUAACGGAAGCGAGUUUCAUAAUCCACGCUGUGGAAGGGUGUUCGAGGACAAAAGCAGACUUGAAAAGCGGGAUUAUCCCUCAGUAUGACUUGACGCAUUUUUAAUCAUCGCACAAAGCCAACGCUCCUUAUUGAGCAAGAUCCUACUGUAUAUAUUGAUAGGUGAUGCAAGUACCUUCGAAAGAAUAGCUUUAAGGAUACGUCUAGGUUACUGUAAUCGCAUCAAUUUUUCGAAAUUGACCCAUCUGACCUAUGGAUAAUAUAAAAAGUCCAAAAACUCGAGUAACCUUUAGCCAUAAUAAAUGUGUUUUGAUAAUCUGGUAAUGGCACACUUCUGCCGUAAAAAUAGCCGCCAUACCGCAGACGAGAAGCCUCAGGUUACUGUAAUCCAAUCGAUUUUCCCCGAGCAUCUCAUCUAAUCCAUGGACAAUAUAAAAAGGUCCUAAAUUGGCCUUGAUCUGAGAGCCCUUGGCUCACCGAGGCAAUAUAAACACAGAAUAGGUUGUAUACAGCCAUUUGCGAUCGUAAUUUCAGUCAGCUGCGCCCAUCGUCCGGCUCUAAAAGCCGUUGCGCGAAUGCGUUGAAAUUUUUCGCGUGUCUGAGCCGGCCGCCGAGACAAAUGACCUUUUUUUUGUCGUUCUCUCAAGCGCUUCGAAUAAAUUUUCUUUAUCGUUGUUUUGCAGCAGACUCCAGACUUGUUUGGAAAUACUGGGCUUACUUUCGCAUAUUUCCUUUUUAUUAUGUCAUGAAUAAUAUAAAACAAUAUUACAACCAAUUAUAUUGCAUGGAGCCGCUUCGAAAUUUUACACGAAAGGUGGUUUACGACAAAUUUUUAGUCCUAACAAUUUUCUUCAUGUACUGUAAUUCAAUCGUAUAAUCUGCAGCCUGCGAAGCUCGGGCGCAGGUCGACAUCUUCAAGACGAUUUUCUGUUAGCAAUUUUUGGCCAGAAUCUUGUUGUCCCUAAUUUUGCGGAUGCCCUUUUCGUGCAGUUGUCCCAUUUCACGAGGAUCUCCAACAAAUUUUAUUCGAUUUCAGAGCAAUCAAAGCCCAAGAACCAGCGGUGGAUCCGGGAACAUCGAAGCCGGAUUCCCCCACAGCGACCACAACUCCGACGUCGAACCGAAGCCGCAGCCGAGAGUCCUCUGCGACGCGCCAAGUGUGGAAAGAACGGCCCGAACUUUUGUCAAAAAAGUUUCGCCGGUCGUUCGUUCCGCCCGACAUCAGCGAAAAUUCGGCCUGAGCGCGCAGUGAACGCGGCGUCCGGGUCCUCGGCGACGACCCCAUCCAGCCAACGGUCCGUCCGCGCACGCCAGCACAGCCGACGGUCCAGCGAAGCGCCCAGCGCCAGCGCCCACUCCACCGGUGAACGAGCCUCCACUUCUGUGAGUUUGGUUUUGAGAAACUGUUGAUUUAUAGUGUAAUCUCUGGAAAUUUAAUGGGUUUUUAUCGAUGUAAAUGUAGGAGGUUAUGUAGGGAUGAAGAUGAGUUUGUUAGACUUUUAUAACAAUGGUAAUUGGGGCUCAAUUUCUACGACUUUUCUUGAGGGAGUCCAAUAUUGAUGGUCCAGUGCAAUAACGCUUGUUUUAUAGUCUUAUAUGGGGUUGAUUGCUCUGAAACUUGUUCCAAAUGAAAGCGAGAUCAUCUGUUCUACUAAAUAAAGUCUAUUCUUCCUCAAACUUUCCAGCUUUCCAAUGUUUUGCCACAAUAAAUAUUAUCCAUGGCAUUUCUUUAAAAAAAUUAAAGAAAUGCCAUGGAAAUCCCUAUGCGCACGUCACUGUCCAGCCGCCCAUUCAUUAAACGAUACUCGAACAUCUCCUUUGCUAAAAUUAAUAGCCGUUUAAGGGAAGCGUCUGCUCUCCUCAUAUAUCUGGAUGUUAUUUUAGACCACCCAAAUGGUACGGGAAUCUCGUUUCGCAGGGACCCAAGAUGUUUACCUAUCUAUAAACCAAGGAUUAGACUUGGUUUUUGAGUAAAUAUCAAGAGUCAGACUUUCAACGUUUUUGUGAUUUUGAAGAGGUCUUGAAAUUGGUUUCCCAUUUGAUGAAAUAUUAUCGCCAAAAUCACAAGCUAUAUUCAAAAUUCUGAUGGGGUGCGGUAUAAAUAGCAAUCAGGGUGUUAUUGCCGAGCGAUAACGACCAUGCUGAGCGGCGGUUUCAUAAGUUGUUUAGCAGUUUUCCCCGCGAAAUUAUCGGUUCUAAUGCCCAAAACAACAGGAUUCUUGGUCGGACGAGCUGGAGAAGGUGGUUCGCCGCGUGCUAACCGGUAUCACACAUGCAAAUAGCAUUUCCGAACCUCGAAAACAUUCAUUCCCAUCCGUGUUCCAUUCAACUUUCCCAUUUCCCAACUCCCCCAUGGCUAUUUAGCACGCUGUUUCUCUGCGGCGCUCCUCGCUCGGCACAAUCUUCGGGACGGAGUGUGUUUUGAAACGAGAUUUUCGCUUUGUUUUGUCGAAUUCUUUGCUGGGGACAAAAAUGGUGCGGAGAAAGUGGAAGGUUUAUGCGUUUUGCUCCGUUUCUUGUCAGCACUUCAUCCAGUUAUUCUUUGCUCUCGUCUUUGGAGAGGAAUGGGUCGAUAGGCGGUGUGCAAUCAGCUGAAGGCUAAUUUUGGAAUAUAAAAAAUGAUAGAUAAGGAGCUGAUAUUAAGCAUGGCUAAAGUUAGUAAGGGGGUCUUUAAAGAUUGGAGUUUUUCUGAUAACAGGACUAGAUUUAGAGGAUUAUAAGUUGGAUAUUAUAGUGAGGAACUUCUGAUAUUUUUGUAUUAGGUUGAUGCAAAAGGAAUUGCGGAUUUUUUAAUUUAUUCGUAUUUUUUUAUAGGAUAGCUCAAUUCAAAAAUGGAAAAAAGUAUAUAGUAGUAAAUUUUAAGAGGAUUUUUUCUGUAUAUGUGCUAUUCUUAUAAAAGUUAUCAAACGUUACCAUAAGUUACCACGAAAGUACCCUAAACAUGUUAGUAUAUUUUAAACCAAUUUUUUACAUAUUGUUUUGCGGCUUUAUCCAUUUUUGAAAAUAUUUUGAUAAAAUACGUUAUAUUCUAUCAAAAAACAAAAAAAAACCCCAUUUUUGGCAAAGCGUUAAAACGCUAUCCCAAAAAUUCAAAUUUCAGCAAAUUUUACAAAUCGUGUCAUAUCUUUUUUUAAUAAGUCCAAAAUAAAAAAUUCUUUUUGCUUUCGAUUAGUAACAACAUUUUUAAGAUUUUUGUGACAAAAAACAUCAAAAUCAAAAAAAUUUAUUUUUUUGACAUUUUUUGACCAAAAAAUAAAAUUCAAGAUUUUGAUGUCUUUUUUUCACGAAAGCCUUAAAAAUGUUGUUACUAAUCGAAAGCAAAAAGAAUUUUUUAUUUUGGACUUAUUAAAAAAAGAUAUGACACGAUUUGUAAAAUUUGCUGAAAUUUGAAUUUUUGGGAUAGCGUUUUAACGCUUUGCCAAAAAUGGGGUUUUUUUUUGUUUUUUGAUAGAAUAUAACGUAUUUUAUCAAAAUAUUUUCAAAAAUGGAUAAAGCCGCAAAACAAUAUGUAAAAAAUUGGUUUAAAAUAUACUAACAUGUUUAGGGUACUUUCGUGGUAACUUAUGGUAACGUUUGAUAACUUUUAUAAGAAUAGCACAUAUACAGAAAAAAUCCUCUUAAAAUUUACUACUAUAUACUUUUUUCCAUUUUUGAAUUGAGCUAUCCUAUAAAAAAAUACGAAUAAAUUAAAAAAUCCGCAAUUCCUUUUGCAUCAACCUAAUGGUUGAUUUUGACACAAUUUUUUUUACAGGAAAGUACUUCUAUGGGGUAUGGAGUUACAGGCCGAGUCUUAUAUCAAAAAAAUCGCAAAAUUUUUUUGAUUCAGAAUUUGUAAAAAUUAGCUGCCUAAUUUUGGUUUGUAAGGGUGAAAAAUCCUCAGAACUUUUCUCGGAACACCAUGGAAAUGCCUUUUUGACAAAGUUUUUACCAAAUCAAAGGCUUUGUUUUAAGCUAAAGUGAACCCUGGGAUCUUGACAAGCCUUAAAAUAUCAAAUUUGAUUAAUAGUACACCUUAAUUAGAAGUUCCAAUAUAAAAAAGGGGAAUUUGUGUGGUGUUGCGAGAAAAGUUCUGAGGAUUUUUUCACCCUGACAAACCAAAAUUAGGCAGCUAAUUUUCACAUAUUCUGAAUCAGGAAAAUGUUACGAUUUUUUUGAUAUAUGUCUUGACCUGUAACUUCACACCCCAUAGAAGUACUUUCCUUGUCAAAAAAGGACGUUUCAUCCUCGUUUCUUAAUUAUUAGAUCCCAAAGUUGUUUUUGAUAAAUUAAUUUUCCUUUUUCUUUUCAAAAAUUUAUAUUAUUCAUCAAUUAUCUUACCCCUCUCUCUCUUCAGAACGAGCCCUCGUCAUCUGAUGUCUCUGUAGGAUCGGCCAAUUCCAACGGACCAGGUCCCAUCAGAAACAGAAGACUCCUCCACACCCAUCGCAACACCCCCAGCCUUCCCCGCUUCUCAGAGCGCCUCCUCCAAACCUACGAAAUCCGCAGUCGCCUGUUGGCCGACUUGUCCGCACUGAACAGCAGCACCUCAUCGACCUCCACUUCUUCCACGACCUCAACCAGGACGUCGUCGAGUAAACGUCGUCACACCGACUCCGAUUCUCUUGAUUCCCCCGGUCAGCCACAAGUCAAGAACAGGUAUGGGCUUUGAGUAUUAUUUGUGUUGUUUUUAGGUAUCAAAUUGAGAAUUUACUACUGACUUUGAGGGAAACAGUCGUAUUUUUAAUGAUGUUAUAUGGGAUAUGCUUUUUUACUAAUUGCGAUGUUUUUAAUAGCCAAGUGGACUCAAGGGCUGCAAAAAGUUAUAUUGCACUAGAUUAAAAAUUAAUUUUUUGUCAAAAAAAUGUGUCCAAGAUGACUUUUUUCACCAAAAAAUAACUUCUGAGGAGUUUGCGACUGUAAUAACACCAUUUGCAUGCCAGCCGGGCCUAAAAUUUAUAUUACACUAGAUGUAUCUGGAAAUUUUGUUAUGAUUUGUCUUAUAUUUUUCAAAAAAAAAAAUAUUUAUUACACUACGCCUUAUUUCUGCAAGUGUUUAGACGUAUUGAAAGUGAAGGUUGCAGACUUUUUCUUUAUUUCUUCCUUCAAAAAAUCUCUGCCGACCUUCACAGAUUUUGAGUAAUGUUUUUUCUUUCGCCUUUGUUUUCUAUUCGUUUCACUUUUUUCGGCUCUUUUCUCGAACAACUUUUGUGAUGGUAAAAAGAGAACGCUUGAAACUGUUGACAGUUCUCUUGGGUCAAAGUCUAACCCUUGGAAGAGAUAAAAUGAAAAGAUUUUGGAUAAAGUUUGGGUAAAUCGGAUCAAAGGAAUCGUUUUGAAGAGUCAAAUUUGACUUGAUAAAUGACCCAGGAGCUGAAUUAAAUUUAAUUUUUUUUAUUUUUACUUAAACAUUUGUCAAAAAUUAUAUUAUACUAGGUAAUAAGUAAAAAAAUGUCAAUUUUGGUAUUUUAAUAGGAUUUUGAGUCGCUUUAACCUUUUUUUCUGCUCUAGUUUAACCCUUAAUACCAUUAAAACGAAGGCAGGCCGGUUCUAAAGUACAUAAAGAGCAAUAAAAUCAGGUGCACUUUUAAACCACGGGAUUUCUCCGCGGAAUUAAGAGUCAGAAAAUAGAAGACCUUUCCUAAUAAAUUCAUGAGUUUGGGCUCAAAUGGCUCGGCUUUUUCGAGUGAGCGCAGAGAGGGCAUAUUUUUGGAUUUGGUACAUGCCACGAGGAGGAUCCUCGUGCAAAUGGCGUGUUUUGUGGUUUUUAUAGCAGAAGGCAGAGGAAAUGAUGAUUUUGAAGGAGCUAGAGGAGAUUUGGGGAGCUUUGACGAGAGCUUUCAUAUUACUUUAAGUACAAGGUUGAGGUUUAGGAAGGUUUUUUAGAGAUUUCGAAUGUAUGUUCUUUCAAGUAUGCUAAAAAUGUUUUUUCGAAGCUUCAAGCGCUGUAUUGGGGUUCGAAAUUCCAAAGAAUGUUGAACUCUGUGGGUUCUGGCCUCAGGGCAAAUUGACACCCAGGUCCCAUUGUCGCGUCCCGAGGUUAUUUUUGCACGCCUCGAAAUCAGGUGCGAGGUCCUUACGGAGCAGAAAAAAAAGCGAAAAAUAUAACACGCGACUGAUUAUUUUCGCCCUCCGCUGCCCCACCAAUCCCUCGUUUCAUGUGAUUCCAGCGGCACGGACUGCCACUCUCAGGUCAAUGAGAAGGAAGGGAAAAAAAGAGUGAGGGCUGAGCGAAAGGAACGAAGCAAAGGAAAGGGGAGAAAGUUGGGAAGGACGUCGCCCCGUCUUACUUGACUCGAGCUCUACACGGGUUUUACAAGUUCAACACAUCUGUUUUUUGCUUGUUUUCUCCGGGAUUUGUGGGUUUUGGCCCGAAAGGUGAGCGCUUUCUCCGAUUGUCCUCCGCUCGAUCUGACUCUUGACCUAACUGUUCCUUCGGUUUUAUUUCGAUCGGAUUACUGUAGAUCUUCGAUUCGGAAAAGGUCCUCGAUUCAUCGGCGUUAUCAUAUUGUACUGUCAGACUAAAAAAGUUGUGUGAAAGAAGUGUUUAUUGUUUUUCUUUCUCGUUAAACCGGUUCCUCGUUUUUGUGACGGUAGGCUGCUCUCGGUUUUAUGAACUUCUUGCGCAGGCUUCGAGCUGCUAUAUAGAGUAGAUGUUUUUUACAGAUUUUUGACAAGGAAAGUACUUCUAUGGGGUAUGGAGUUACAGGUCAAGACAUAUACCAAAAAAUUUUUUUUUGAUAUAUGUCUUGACCUGUAAUUUCAUACCCCAUAGAAGUACUUUCCUUGCGAAAAGUUUUGUCGAUUUCUAAUAGAAAAACCGCUUAGACCAUAGUCAAAAAAUCUUGUCUUAUCAAGAUUUUUUGACUAUGCUCUCUGUUUGCUUCUUCCAUUUUUCGAUUUGUUUUGUAAGUAAAGUUUUUUGUUCGGAAAAAUUUUGUUAGUCGAAACAUGAAGUCCCCUCCUUUACGUAGGUUUUCUGGAGUGUCUAGUCCAGAACAAAGUUCUUUUUUGGUUUUUGACAAAUUUUGUUUCCGUGUUCGGACCUUCCCCUUCAGCGGUGAAUAUGGAACGACCUUUUUGGCCUCUUUACGUGAAAUUUUUUGGGCGGCCGAAAGAGGAAAUGACCCAAAUUUACGCCGAAGCCGAAACAUGGCCAGUGUCUCUCAUUUUGGCCUUAGGGCUUUAAUCGUUUUACAAGUUUAGUUGAGAAAAGCAAAAAAUCGGACCCGAGUCGCUUUUUUCUCUCCUUUUUUUAUCACGUGUGCUCCCCUUUCCGCCUCUGGUUCUCUCCCUUCACUCUUGUUGUUCUCGGUCUCUCCGAGAAGCGAAAUUUGCAGGCCAAGUCAUACGAGAUGAAAAUACGAACAAUAACAAGAUUGGUGAUAUUACUUUAGAUAUAUUCGUUGUAAUCUCAAUAAUUGUUGUUGUUUGCGCAGGGAAAACAGGUGAUUUUUUAGUUCGAAGUCAACAAUUUUUGGUUUAGUGUGCUCCAAACAAGAAGUAGAGGAAUUUUUUUUUGGUCAAAGAAAUGUUGAUAAUGGUGUUUUCCACUGAAAUAGGUUAAUACGACUAGUCAGUAAAGCGUAUAAAUCCCCCCACGAAUGAUUGAUCUGACUGGUUCUUGGUUGUUUUUUUAUGCGAAGGCAGCUGAUUUGAACAUACGGUGGGCUAGUGUAAUAUAAAAAGUAUCAUUUUUGUCGGGCUUUGAGGGGCAAAUAGUUUGCAUGCAGUGUUUUAAGGCCACAGCGAUUAUUUUUAAGAGGAUUUUUUAGAUUUUUUGACGAUAAAUGGGCGUUUUAGUUUUUAUAUUAUACUUGAAGAUGAGAUUUUAAUUUUUCGAUUUUUGAGUAGAGUCUAGACUCAAAAUUUUUUUUGCAGGCGGAUGCAAGUUGGCAACGGCCCGAACUCCCAGUCCCAGCAGUCGCCCGCCUACGCAAAAUCCGUCGCCGACCGAAUCAAAGGCAUCAACCUCAAUGACUCCGCCCGCCACAGACUAGCCGAGCCGGAACUGAUCCUGGACGGCGUCCUGGAUGGACCCGACAGCCUCCUGACCACCGUCCAGCUCGCCAAUGGCAAUGGGGUGGACCGUGUGGAACACCUCAAAAAGGGCAAAAAUUCGACCGCCAACAGCCUGAUGAACAACAAGGCGAAGAAGCCCAGUCCAGAACCUGUACAGCUAAACGACUUUCAGAAAAAUGCGAUCCGCAUCAUUGGACAGUAUCUGAACGAACUUGGGCUAAAGUAAGACCUUUUUUUAUAUUGCACUUGUUUUUUAGGUAAUAAAGAUGAGAGAAGGAACUAAAAUAACAUGAUUUUAGUAGUACCGCCGAAACACUGGUCGACGAGUCCGGUUGUCGCGUGGAAAACCCUCUGGCGGCGAGAAUCCGUAACCAGAUCUCUCAAAGGCAAUGGCUAAAGGCUCUAGAGACCCUGGACCGCCUCCGACCUCAGCUCACUGAGUGGGCCUACCUUCAGACACGGGUGCUUGUCAUCGAAGAACGGAUAAAGGAACUUUUGGCGGGGAAUGAGGUAAGAUUUGGAUGGUAUUACGAGAAUUUUUGGAAUUGCUUAUAUUACACUAGGCGAAAUUUAAUAAUUUACUAAAUUUGGAGGAUUUUAUGCUGAUUUUUUUUGGAAAACAAGUUUGUAGAACAAUAUAAUUUUAAUUAUGACAAUUUUAGACGCUGGCCGCCCUCGAAACCCUUCAAUACGACUACCCAGACGAGCCACAAUUCCGCCAUCGGCGCGAAUUCUACAGUACUUUGUUAUUCCGCAACCCCGCAGAGGUGAUGGAAGUCUUUGAAGGACACCAAGACUCGGUCUCUCAAGCCCUCGAGGCAUUACACAAAAUCCUGCCAAGUCAUAUUCUCCUACCUCCAAGUCGCUUCAAAAAUUUGGUGGAUCAAGGUGAGGAUAAUAUAAAAUUUUUGCGAUUUGAUGGGUAAAUUGAAUAACAAGCGCUUGUUACAGCAUGUCUAUUCCAAAAGGAUCAGUGCGACCUACAUGUGGAAUCGGAUUUAACCAGCGCCGACCCUUCGGAAUUUGUUUUACGGGAUCAUUGUUGUUCAUGUUCGGGUUUGCCAACUAAGUGUCUACAGGUGAGAUGGGGUAUUUUAUUGAUAACUUUGGUUAUUUGGAGUUAAUUUAAGGCGGGGUUGCAUUAUUUAUUUAUCUUUUUAUGUUACCCAUGAUAAUUUUUUUCUUGAUCCUUGAUUUUCAGGUCCUCACCGAACCGAAAACCGAAGUCUGGUCGGUCCAAUUCUCCCCGUGUGGCCUUUAUCUCGCCGCCGGAGCCAGAACCAACCAAGUCCUAGUGUAUAGUACCAAAAACAUCCUCGAGCCCAGCUUCUUCCUGUAUAAACGACUGCAUAUCCCCAGAGAAAUCAAAGGAAUCGCGAGUAUAAGCUUUUCCGGAGACAGCAAACUGGUCGCCGUGACGGCAACCACCGAAUCCUCCAGUACGGGCGUUUAUGUUUUCAACCUGGACUCGGGAUGCCUAAAAACGGAUAUAAAACCAACUCCACAUGACUUCAGCUAUUCGUCCGCCGAGUUUUUCCGAACGGAUUCACGUCGGUUGGUCUGUGCCGGACUUCAUGGGAACUUUGAAUGCCAUGUAAGUAGUUAAAAUUUAUUUAUUUUUUUUGUGUUUAGGUAUAUUGCAGUAGAUUUUGGAUACUGAAAUUGAAUGAGGCUAUGGUUGGUUUCUGAACUGGUGUGGUCUAAUAUUUCAUUUAGACACCUUUUUUUGUUAUUGUAGAAAGUUUGAGAUUAAAAAUUUUCCUAAUUUAUUUUCAACCUAGUAUAAUAUAAAUUUAGGACCUGAACAAGGAAAUACCGAUCCAAUCCUUCACCGGCUUCCGCAUCAAAUGCCUUACGACCCUGAAGGACGGCUACACGGUCCUAGCGGCCGACUCUCACAACCGCAUCCGCCAAUACAACUUCCUCUCCAUGACCGAGCAGACCCUCUUCAAGGAAGCGUCGGAGAUCAUGAGCUUCACGGUCGAUCCCACCGAAUCCUUCUGCCUGGUCACCUCAAAAGAAACCGGUCUCAGGUUGUGGUGCCUAAAAACACGACAGCAUUUGGUAACAUUUACGGGAACUUUGCACAAUGACUUUGUAAUCCAAUCAUCGUUUGGUGGGAGGAAGGCCGAAUUCGUGGCCAGUGGAUCUCAAGGUGGGUGUUUUGGAUUGUUUUUGUUCGGUUUUUAGAGAAAGGAUCAUAGAAAAACUGCUGUUGGAAGAAUGGGAAUAAGAGAUUGAUUUUCAGACGGAAAAUUCCUCAUCUAUAACCGCCGUUCUGCCGAACCAGUCCACGAAAUCCAAAGCCAUCGGGGAUCGAGUGUGAAUUCGGUUGUCUGGAACCCAGUGAAUCCCAAUAUCAUCGCCACUGGUGGGGAUGACGGCACAGUCCAAGUAUGGGUCCCAGACGUCCUCUGGCGUCGGCAGAAGCGACGAAGAAGCGGCCUAAACUCCAGCGUCUCAUUACAAUCGUUGGAUUGA